UGCCCAUGCUCAGUGAGGACCCUGAGCUCUGCAGCCGGCGAGAAGUUACGAGGAGAUUGACGUGGACGUGCGGGAGCAGGAGUGAGGAGGAUCUGGCUGCCUGCGAGCGACCAGAUAGAUAGAGAGAAGGAAGAAGAGGAGGGAGAGGAGGCAGGAACGGAGGGAAUAUCCUCAGAUGCUCACUGUCAUUAAAUAUUGCAGUCCGCACUCUGAGGGAAGCAGAGCAUAGAGAGAGAGAGAAAAAACAACGGAAAGAAUACGAAUGAAAUCCUAAGGCAUCCUGUAGACCCGGUCAAGGAAUAUUGCGACAAAAAAGGCGAAGAUUGUAUUGUGUUAUUUUCUCGUACAGGGCGAUAAAGAAUAUGAAAUAUGAAGCCUUUGUCAUCUCAGAUUGUUUUGUUGUAUCUAUUUGGACUAGUCUACCUCCUUCAAUGUGGCAGCGCCAAUAGCAACCCCGGUUCGCCUGAAGGUGACGACGCCUGGAGGAGAAAGGAGGCGGCGGCGCGCAUCUUGGAGCAUCCUCAGAGGACCACGCCGCUGCGGCUCCUCCGACAGCCGGCCAGCGGGCAGCAGCUCGGCCUGGACACCCGUGUGACCGGCGCCCAGCAGCAGGCAUCCUCACACCCGGCCACUCAUAUUGCCCAGGCAACCUUCCAGGUUGAUGCUUUCGAUUCAUCCUUCAUUCUUGACGUUGAACUAAACCACGAUUUGCUGUCCUCCCGGUAUGUGGAGCGCACUGUUGGUGCAAAGGGAAACUUUGUUCAGUCAAGGGUUGGAGAACACUGUUAUUACCAUGGCAAAAUCCAAGGAAAUCCAAAAUCUUCUGUGGCCCUUUCAACAUGUUAUGGACUACAUGGUAUGUUCUAUGAUGGAAACCACACUUACUUGGUUGAACCAGCGCAAGGAAAUGAUCAAAAUGCAUUGAAUGAGACUGAGCCUCAUUUAGUUUACCAGGUCAUUGGCCAUGAUGUUCCUUUGCAGUUUCUACAACUUGAACAUGCCGAGAGGAAUGAUCUGUUUGAUGCUAGGCGUACUAUCCUUUUUAGAAAGAAAAGACAGACACGUCGAUUCCGCCGGAAUGUUCAAGACGAGACAAAGUACAUUGAGCUGAUGGUUGUUAAUGACCAUUUUAUGUUUAAAAAGCAUCGUUUAUCGGUGGUCCUUACAAACAAUUUCGCAAAAUCAAUUGUGAACAUGGUAGAUAUGAUAUUCAAGGAAGAGCUCAACACCAGAAUUGUGCUAGUGGCUAUGGAAACCUGGUCAAUUGACAACAAGUUCACCAUAGAUAUGAACCCUCAAGUAACUCUACGAGAGUUUAUGAAGUACAAGAGAGAUUUCAUUACAGUGCAGACUGAUGCCAUUCAUCUAUUUUCGGGAACUAUGUUUAAAAGCAGCCAGAGUGGAGCAGCAUACGUCGGUGGAAUUUGUACACAGUCUAAAAGUGGCGGGGUGAAUGAGUUUGGAGGUGCUGGUGCAAUGACUGUCACACUUGCUCAAAGCCUGGCCCAGAAUCUUGGCAUCUUUCCAGAUAACAAAAGAAAGAAUGGUGACUGCAAGUGUGAAGACCAAUGGGUUGGGUGCAUAAUGCAAGAUUCCGGACUUUACCUUCCACGGAAAUUUUCUCAAUGCAAUAUAGAGGAUUACGAGGAAUUUUUGAACAGUGGUGGUGGUCACUGUCUCUUCAAUAAGCCUACCCGCCUUUUUGAUCCUCCUGAGUGUGGCAAUGGAUUUGUAGAGGCAGGGGAAGAAUGUGACUGUGGUUCAAAAGCUGAAUGUAGCAAGGAGGGAGAAGACUGCUGUGUAAAGUGCACUCUUAUGAAAGGAGCCAAAUGCAGCAAUGGGCUUUGUUGUAAAGAAUGUCAGUUUCAGCGAAGUGGCUUUGUGUGUCGCGAGGAUGUAAAUGAUUGUGACAUUCCCGAGACCUGCACUGGAAAUUCUAGUGAGUGUCCACCAAACGUGCAUAAAAUGGAUGGCUACGUCUGUGACACUGAUCAGGGACUUUGCUAUGGUGGGCGAUGUAAAACCAGAGAACGACAAUGUAAAUACGUGUGGGGAGCGAAAGCAAGAGCUGCAGACAAAUUAUGUUAUGAAAAGCUUAACAUUGAAGGGACAGAGAAAGGAAAUUGUGGCAAAAACAAAGACACCUGGAUCCAAUGCAAUAAGCAAGAUGUACUUUGUGGCUAUCUGCUGUGCGAUGAUACCUCUGGUGUGCCAAGAAUCGGAGAACUCAUGGGUGAUGUGACUGUCUCUACUUUCUUAUUGAAACACAAGCAUAUCAACUGCAGUGGUGGCCAUGUCAUAUUAGAUGAAGUCACAGAUCUUGGGUACGUGCAGGAUGGAACCCCAUGUGGACAGGAUAGAAUGUGUAUCAAUCACAAGUGUCUUCCUCUGAAAGCAUUUAAUUUCAGUAUCUGCCCUGGAGCUAGUGGUGCAAGAAAAUGUUCAGGACAUGGGACUUGCAGCAAUGAAGGAAAAUGUAUGUGUGACCGAGACUGGGAUGGUGCUGGCUGCCAUAUCUAUGCACCAAAGGAAGUAGCAGAAGGACAAGGAUCAAUUCGAACCAAUAUUAUUAUAGGUACCAUCGCAGGGACUAUCUUGAUGGCAAUUCUAGUGUUGGCUGUUGCAGCAUUGUUUUACAAAAACUACCGAGAAAGAAGGCAAAUGCCACAAGGAGACUAUGUCAAAAAGCCUGGGGAAGCUGACUCUUUCUAUAGUGACAUACCUCCUGGAGUCAGCUCAAACUAUUCAGCAUCUAGUUCUAAGAAAAGAUCAAAUGGACUGUCUCAUUCAUGGAGUGAACGGAUUCCAGAUGAAAAACAUAUUCCAGAUGUCUGUGAAAAUGGUAGACCACGCAGUAACUCUUGGCAGGGGAAUUUAGGAGCCAAUCGAAAGAAAAAUAAAGGAAGAAAAUUUAGACCACGUUCUAAUUCCACAGAGUAUUUAAACCCAUGGUACAAAAGAGAAUAUAAUGUAGCUAAGUGGGUAGAAGAUGUGAAUAAAAACACUGAAGGACCAUACUUUAGGCAAUGCAACAGGAACAUGGGUGAAGGGACUUUGUCUCCUUCCAAGUCACAUUCGUCAUCCAAUGGGUCCAUUGCUUCUAGCAGGAAAUGCCCAUACCCGAUGCCACCUCUUCCGGAUGAAGAGGUAAAAGUUGGUCGACAAAGUGCACGGCUCUGGGAGACCUCUAUUUAGACUUAUAUUCAGUGGAUCUGAGCUACUAAAGAUUUCCAUUUUCUUCCACUUUUAUAAAUGGCAGCCAUAUGUCAAUGUCUUUUAAUUAAUGCUCUCUGGACCAUCAGUGAUCUUUUCGGAAGAUAGGAGUUGAAAACACAUACUGUGCUAUCUUCAAAGACUGAAUAGAAAAUACUGAGUAGACUCUGACUGAUUGCUAAUAAAACAGUUGACAAUCUGUGAUGGAGAGUCAGAAUUCUUGUGGAAAGCACAGCACUCACACAGUGAUCUGGGAAUGGAAACAAUUAAAAAUAGCCUUGCCAUUUAUUCUCAUCCAUUAUGGUGCUUAGUCCGGUGGAAGAAGAUUGAGAGAAACCAUUUUCAACAAGAUUUGGUUGACUGCCCCUAUGCACAGAUUCACUGGACUGAAUAAUACUGUAUGCAUGAAUCCCUUCUGAACCCAAUUCCAUUAAUCUGUAGCAACCAAAUGCUUGCAGAAACAAACAAGAAAUGUAUGAUUUUGGCGAAGGCUGCUUUGGGUUAAGCUGUAUAAUGGGAUUUUAAAAAUUGCAUCUGUAAGGGUUUUUGUGGAAAACAAUGGUGUAUGCAACUGAAGAGCAGAAUGGUCUUUUUGUAAUCAUAUCUUUGAUACUGGCAGAAGCGCUUGUGAUGAAAGUUUUUGUUUGUAAAUAUGUACAGUUUUCACAUAUUGUCUGACAAACUCGAACCAGUGGAAGUUUGCCUAGGUAAGCUGAAACAUGGUCAUACCUGGCUUAAUAUUACAGUUUCAUCUGAUUGAUUUGGUGUCUAGUGUAAAGGAUUGAGUCGCUUUGAAAUUGUGGCAGGAACAAAUUAUCAAUAAUUUCCUGAUAAUUGAUUGUCCAAUUUAGUGGAGAUCACCAGUAAUCGUAAGUAUUGUUCAAAGUAUGGACAACUAAAAUUUAUAACUCAUAACUAUGUCUUGCACAUACAAUUAAAGUUAGCAAAACAAAUGGAUAACGUCAAAUGUUAGAUACACACUUAUUAAAGAAAGGGCUAGGGCGUGCCUUUACUAUCAGCUGUAUUUGGUAAAACAUGAUAGCUUUACAACUAGAUAUUAAAUAUUCAUGUUCCUCUUGUUAAUUAGUUGUGAUCAACAUUCUGCAAUUGAUCAAAUAUGCCUUCUCCUCAAACAGGCAAUGUUUUCCAUUCAACCCAAUUUCUGUAACCCUUUUUAAUAAGAACAGUAAUUAAUUUAAUCAGUGGCAAAUGUUGUCAGCAUAUCUUCAACAGUUGGGGGAAAUUUUCUAAAUAAUUAAAAGGCAAAUGAACUUUGAUUUGAACAAUAACAGGAUAGGUUUUCAACUUACUGCCUGGGCAUGAACCAGCAAUUGUGGCAAUAUUUAUCAGAAGAGUCAAAUCUCUUCUGGUAUGUUUCAGGAAACUCAAAACAUGUACAAAAUGAAGCAAAGAAAAUACUACCUUACAGUGAUAGAACAUAGUAGUAUAGAAGUAGACUAUUCAUGUGCAGCAGUUCUAUGGAAGAACUACCCAAUUGAUCUCAAACUCUUUUCUUCCCUUAGAUCCUUUUUUCCCCCAAAUGAUUAGCCAUUUCCCUUUUGAAAGUUGUUGAAGGUUCUCCUUCUAUCAUUACUUUGUAGGAUUUCCAAGAAACCUUUGUGUCUAUUUUUUGUCACUCCUGACCUCUCCCCUUGUGCGUUGAUGAAUAUUUUAAAUGUAGAAAUAGUUCUUCCCUAUUCACUCUAUCAAACCCUUCAUAGUCUUUAACAACUCAACCUGAUCCCUUCCUGACCUCAUUUAUUCAAGUGAAAGCUCUAAUGCCCCAUUAUUCCUGGUUUCACUUGUAAUUACUUACAUUUUCUUGCCACAUUAUUCUAACUACGGCCUAACCAAUAUUCUGUAAUGGUUUAGGAUUCCUCCUUUUUUUUGUACUUUAUAGUCCCAUGAACUAAUAUCCUAUAUUAACCUUAGACUGCCAGCAAUGACGAUUAAAGAUGAAUUAAACUUUGGAAGUACAGAUGCUAUAAUUCUCUUGUAUCAGCUCAGUUAAUAGAUUUAGAACAUAUUAUUUUUGGAACUUGAUGUUUAUUAUCCUAGUUGAUCUGCAAUUUGACUUUCUUGAACCACUGCUGUGCUUGUGAUAAUGGUGCUUUAUCUUGAACAGCUAUUGGGAUUUAUGAAUAACAUAUUUUACUAAUAAUUGUUUCUGAUGAUUUACACAAUUUUUACUUUGUCACUCAGAGGAUUUGGGCAAAGGGUCGCUCAGCCUUUGACAACUCCAACUUCUUCUAUUUCAUACCUUCCUAAAUGGCUUCCUUUUUCUUCCUUCUGAAUGUUCAACACAUGUAAACUUCUGCCGCUUGCAUUCUAUCCUGCACCAAAUGUGUUCACCCAUCACUUCUGUCCUUAGCUCACAUUCAGCAGGGCUUUCACCAAAGUUCAUAUUCUAGCAUGCUCCCCAUGCCAUGCCCCUGCCAGUCCCUUCACCCCUGCCACUACAAGCUUUAUUAGACUAAAGUCUCUGCUGCUCCAUCAUGAUUUUGUCUGUCAUCCCUUAUUUCAUCAAUGUUGGGUAUGGGUUUCAACUGCCUAAACCUCAAGCUCUGGAAUAGACUGCUUUAACCCCACUAUCUCACCGCCUCCCUUUCCUACAUAACACUUACCACUUGAAACAGGUUUUUGGCCACCCAUCCUAAUUUCUCCUUCAUUUUUGUGGAUUAGAAACCCACGGUAAUGGUGAACUGCUAUAUUUACCUACUUGUUUACAUCUUUAAUUGAAAAAUUUAUGGGUAAUUCUCAAUAUUUCCAUAAUGUAUGUCUAACAUAACUGGUAAUCCUAACCAUUCAUUCAGACAAAUAGUUGAGUCAUUCUCUAAUUAUUCUCAUGCGAAAGAUAAUUAGAAUUAGCCACGAAAUUCCUCAGAUCAAGAUCCUGACAGUUAACCUGGGAUCACAUUUAUGUGAUGGUACACAAAAGCACUAAUAUGCCAGUGCCAACUUGAGCUGGAGGAAUGUAAACUCUCAACGUAUGGAAUGUCCACCCUCAAGCUCUAUCCCUGACAAUCAUUCGCCUUAUUAGGGUUAGACGAGGACAAGCAGAUCUCCACUGUUUUCCAAGUAGGUGUUUCAACACCCACUUGUGAUAGUGGGUCACAAUGAAACUUGACAUAGAAUUUCAGAACAUACAGAUUUACAUCAAGAAAAUCAGGUAUAGCAUUGGUAGUUUGAGUGUUAGACAAAAUAAUAGUAAAUAAUUGUGUUGUAUAAUUCAAAUUAUUAAUGGUGUUGUCACUGAAGUCACUUUAUUUAUUGAACCUACUGAGAUACCUUGAUAAUCUGAGAAUGUGGUAAAUGAUUCUUUUUAACGCUGUUAUACUUUUAAGGUGUUUGCAUUUAUGGCACGAUAAGUGCAAUCUUUCUCUUCACCCUUUAUCAUCUCAGCAAGUCUGUCGAACAGUCCUAGAAUUUUCUUGCAUUGCUCCUAUUUUACCACUGAAUCUUUAGUACACACCCUGUUGUGACAGACAUAUGGGUAUUCUGCUGGCCUUUCAGCGUUACCACUGCAUACACUGGGAGAAGCACCUCUAAGGAGGUUACAAACCAAUGAUGUUUGCUCCAUUUGAUGUUUACAUAAGUGGUAGAAGCAUUUGUCAAAACGUUUUUUAAUUAUGCUUUUUCUUAAAAAAAGGCUGAUCAUCUCUUCAUCUGCAAAGAGAGUUUCAACAUUCUUCAGAAAGUGUGAGCAUUAGGGUUUAAAUUUAAUUAGUUUUAAGAGUUUACAAUGUAGGCAGGAGUGUUCAUUGACCAGCAGUGCAGGUGAGCUUAUGCUAACUGUGGGAGUGGUCCUGUCAGUCAUUCAUUUGGGAAUUGUUUUUAAAUUGUCUCAACAUCAAAAUCAAAGAGGCACGGUAAUAUGGGAAUAAUUGCAGCAUUUGACUUCAUUAUCUAAGUUUUGGCACUUUAGACCUACUCACCGGUGCAGCUGAAUGCAGUAAAAUCAUUCUUUCUGCUUUAGGUAUGACUGAGCUGUAUUCCUUGAAUUGCAUUGCAUCACUAUUAUCAAUGUGAUGUGAGGUUGUAUAUGUAGAAGCAGCUAGCUUUGUAGAUAUUAAAUUAUGUCAUUAUAUAACAAAGUACAUUUCUGUGAAACAAUUAAAAUGGCUAAAGAUUUUCGUUUGUUACUUAUUUACUAUUAGGGGAUAUUGAAAGUGUACGAUAAAUUGUCCCUCAUAUUUUCAGCCACCUUGACUACUGCAUACACCACUGCACCAUAAUGAAAAAUAUUGUUUGAAAUUUACCAUAUAUUCUGCAUGUCAAAGGUAACAAUGUCAUGUCACCUUAUAAUUUAUGGAAUGCCUUUUGGUUUAGAAAAACAAGAUCAGCUUCAAUAUUUGUCUUUGACUAUAGUGAUGUAGCUGACAUUGUAACAGGUAUGUAACAUUGUAUAAUGCUAAUUGUUGAGGCAAUGUUGUAUUAGACUGUUGCCAUUUUCAUUUUUACACUUUUUUAGUCCAUUUAAACAUGCUGCAAAUGCUUCAGUGGAAGGGCAAUAGAAUGUAGCACCAAUUACAGAAUUGUAUCUCGCUGAUCUAGAAAAAGCUCAAUUUCUUUGGCUGAGUAGUAGGCUUCUAUUGACCGCGUACAUUAUCACACUUGUAUAUAAUGCAACAUAGACAUGGACAUGAAUUCUCAUGCAUUUCUGAAACAAGACUGUUGUAAUAUAUUAUCUUAAUAAAAAAAUGACUUCCAGUUUAUCUGGAAUCUGA